CCGCCAUUUAACUCGACGGUCCUGUCGAGCUGCCCCAAGAUGCCGUCGUCCUCAGCCAUGCCCGCAGAACAUCCCGCUCCUCACUCUCAGCAGCAGCAGGAGCUACCCCAACAGCAGAUAAAGGUGUGCUCUUCGUGUCACCAUCCACUUUCCGGUGACUCGGCGACGACGCCAUUCCUACUGCACGAUGGAGAAGACGCCAGCGAUACCAGUAUCGUCUGUCCGCCAUGUCGAAAUCGGAUCCUUGCCGCGAGGAUGGAAGCUCCUCCCGUAUCAGCCGCGAGAGGCGAGGUUCUGUUCGCCCAGGUGGAAAGAGAGCUUCGUCGCCGCGCGGCUUCUUUGCAGGCUGGCGGCAACGAGGCAGACACACUGCACACACCAGCCGACCCUAUCACCACUUGCCCCAUAGAGCAGCCUCAACAACAGCAACAGCAAGUUUCUCGUGACGAUGACGAUGUUGAAAUGGACUCUCCUGUUACUGCCCGACUGCAGCUCAUCCUUGCCUCAUCUGAGUCGUUCCAGAGGCCAUCCUUUGUCGAAGGAUCGUCGUAUGGCUCUUUGUCUACCCGCAAGGCACUCACGCUCGUCGUCAAUCACGGCGCUGCCUCCAAUCAAGGCCAAGCGCUCGCAUCCUCGACCAACGUCUCUCACUCCCCGCUUUCUGCGAGUCACUGGGCGUCCCCGACCAGGGAUCGUGCUCAGCUACUACACCAUCUGUCUGCGCACCCGGAUCCUCUUGUCGACAUCACCCGUCUCCGUGUCCGGUCACAAGGACACCACUGUUUAUAUCCCGGUGCUAUUUUUCAAGGUACCCAAAAAAGCGGCCGGAACAGCUACGACGUCAGCGUGACUAUUGUGGAUGUCGAUUUCUCCCUCUCCCACCUCUGCGGAUACCUUCGCAUACGCGGCUUGACAGAUGACUGGCCAGAACUCACCACCUACUUUGACGCAGAAAUCAUUGGUAGCCGCUAUGGUUUCUUGACCAAGAACUGGGGUGCAACCGAGCAAGAAGACAUGGUCCACUGGGGCCGCUUCCCUGCUUUCCGACACGUCCGCCAUGAGCUCAAGAGGCCGCAUUUGACUAUGAAAGACGCUGACCGGGGAGCCGUCUUCAUGAGGUGGAAGGAGAAGUUCCUAGUUCCCGAUCACCGGGUGCAGGAUAUUAGUGGUGCUAGCUUUGCAGGCUUUUAUUAUGUCUGUGUGGACUUCAACCCACAGCCCACCCACGCCACACUCGAUAGCCCACUCACUCCCACCUUGGAAGACCUGCCCGAGGCCUCAUCUCCUGUGCACUCGUCUCUUCCCAAACCCGAGGUCGUUUCCCCCCGCCUCAGACGGGAGUCUACCAACCGAGGCUCUCGGAGGACGAUGCGUUCACCCUCGUCCUGCAGAGCUGUGCACACGCCCGUGGCUACCAUGAGCGGGUUCUACUUCCAUCAACACUCGGAGCCAUACCAACAGCUUUCUCUUGUCCAUGUUCCUGAGCAUACUAGCUCCAGCUUUGAGUUCCGGUAGGGUGCGCGCGCGGCCCGUCUGAUGCCAAAAGACCUGGGGCAUUCCUGGUCGUUUGCGUGCCUGCUUCGCACGUGCAACGAUACCUUUCAUCUCGCAUCAGUUUCGUACGCCUUUGGUCGCAUAUUUCCGCUUUUAUGUUUCGGUCCGAUUAGGACGUCUGCUUGCCUUUUUCUUGUCCCUAUCGCUGUUAAUCACCUCUCGUUUGCUGGAUAUCCUCCUCCUCUCCGUACGCUGUGUUGUCCCGUUUGCAUAGUCUUUCGAUAAACUGUACUAUCUGUUUUGCACUGUACUAUCUCACAUAAAAUAUCUGCACUUAGUCUAA